GAGAAGGAAGAAAAUUGAAACAGCAGAAAAAGGUUCAAUACCAGCUAGGAACGGUCAACGGCAGCUUAACUUCAUUCGUAUCUGAACCUUACAACGUGAAGGACGUGCACACAGCAGAAGUGAGCAAACAAGCCCUUCAAAACCUACAAAAAAAUAAAAACAACGUAAAAUUCUCACCAAAAGAGAAAACAAAGACACACAGAGAGAGAGAAGGAGUAAUGUUAGUGCGCCAAGAGAAUUCGUGAGAAACCCUAUGUGACGUAGUGGCAUAUCGUGUGUGCGCGAGUGUUCGUUUGCUUAUUUUUGCGCAAAAUUAUUUGUGUAUCCCAAGGAUUGUUAUAGAAACCGCCGAUAGAAAGCAUAGCGAAUACGUAAUACCAAAAGAAAAAGAACGCACUCUCUCUACGUCCACACUCGGAAAAGCAAAAUAAAAAUUUGUAAAUUUCAUAGAAUUUAACCGAAAACAAGUUACAAAGAAAUUCAACUGUGUCUAUCUGAAUAAAACAAAAACUAAACGCAAAAAUGUCGGAAAACUCAUCGGAAUAUUUGAAACGCACCUGCCUCAUUUGCGGCUGUCACACGAACCAGACGAUUAACAUUUAUGAGCCUCGCAGUGGACCAAAUAUUGUUCAGCUCAUACAGGCGAAAUUCAAAUUCCAGCCUCUAAACGAAGACAAAUACCUGUGCUUCAGUUGUAAUAAUUGGCUCAUCAAUUGGCACUCGCUGCAAGCCUUGAACAGCAAUGACGCGGAGAGUCCUUCGGGCACCUUUCGAUCCCAUCUAAAUAGCGGCAAUGUAAUGCAGGAUGAGAAAAGUUCCGGUUCCAAAAAGCAAAUCGCUGUAUGUCGGCCCAUUGCUCGAGUCAGUCCCCAACAGAAGAUGCAGUCCAGUGCCGAACAAUCUCAAUCACCAGUAGCCACAACUUCCAACACCAGUGACCAACCGCAAGAUAUAACAAUGGCCAGUUCGGAGGCUGUAGUGGAUGAAGCCGAUCUCAAACCCAGUCAUAAAAUCAAUUUCAAUAAACGCAAUUUCCGCAUGCAACUGGCUCGGCGUGGUCGUUUACAACACAAGAAUAUGAUGAUGUGCCCUUGUGGCAAAAACAUUGUGAUACGUACCAACUCAACCAAGAACUUAAAGGCCAAGUCUUUAUCAGCUCAGCCAAAGUGUCGCCAAUGUCGGGAACAAACUCGCAUGAGAGUCAACUACAUGCGCAGCAUAGUUCAAGUCGAACAAGAAUUGGCCAUACGUGAGGCUCCCUUGUAUGCGACUGAAAGACAACACAGACAAACAGUUGAAACCGAACAACCACCCCAGCAACGGCUCCACCUACCAAAGCCAACAGUCGAUGGCAAAGUUGUUGCCAUGUUGCGACGCUUGGGAACUAACUUGUCGCGCGAAUUUCGCAACGGAAACGGAAACAACGCUACCGCAGCAGAGCAGCUACCACAAAUUAUGAGUCCAACAAAACCCAAGUCUCCCAAGUGGUUGAGACCCCUUGAAGACGAUGAGAUUUUAUUGAACUUCGAUGCAAGCAUAUCGGAAGUCCUCCCCUCCCUGUCGGAUCAACUUACACACGUUAGUUCAAUGGUGGCACGAAAAAAGCUGACGUUUCAGGUUUCCGAAACUGCGGAAGUAAUUGAUCUGUGCGAAGAAGCAGAAGACAUUGCGGACGACACGCACAACCCUGACGACAAAUGCUCGCAGGGGUUGCAACAACUAGAUUGCCCAGAUUUUGUGGCAAGUUUCAAAUUACCAGAAGGACUCUCAAUAACACUGGCUUAAGCAGAGCCCCCGCUUGAAAGCGUAGAAUUGAAAAUUCAAUCAACCAACCAAAAAUUAACCAACACAAACGUAGUCAAAUUUUUAGUCUUGUAAAAUCGCACUUAAACGCUAGAAAUAAAACCGCCCGUGGUGGGAGGGUCUAAAAAAUGCCGUUAAUCGUUAAGAACAACAAAUACCGCUUGUAUAAAAAGAACAAAUUUCGCUGUAGUACUUUAGAAAUGAUGUUGCCAUUAUUAAGUUCAUCCAAAAACUUGAUUUAGUCAAACCGUACACACUGCGGGUACUCAUAUACAUAUAUGAAUGGAAUGUGUGUGUGUAUUUAUAAUUUUGUACAUUUAAUUAGUUCAAUUUGUUAUUUCUGUAUAUAUAGAUAUAUAUUUACAAUAGUGUCUACACCAACAAACAUUCAUACUUUGUGUAUCUUUUCACUUGAGUUGUACAUAUUUGAUUCCAUUAUUUAGUUUAUUUAAAAAUAUUUAAUUUAGUUUGUUAUUUUAUACAACGUUUAUGUACCUUAAGUUAAACGCCAUCAUUGGGAUAUUAAGAAAAACAAAAAUCACACACUAAGACAAAAAAAAAAAACGAGAAACGAGAAACCUUCUAUAGAAUACAAAAUGAAAUUAUUAACUGAAA